CGAUGUUGCAUCAAGCUCAGCAGCGACACUCCCUCAUUUCGUUUUCGAUCUGGACGGGCGUAAGGUUUCCAAGGAACUUCAGCCGUAGCGGCUGUCACUGUUUUAAAUUGGGGUUCGGUCCAAUAUGGCGGAAGACGGAUGGAAAUACUGAUGACAGUCCGAAAGAUCGCCUCGAUUUGUACGAUGGGCGCCAAUGCCUCUGCUUUGGAGAAGGAGAUUGGACCGGAACAGUUUCCCGUAAAUGAACACUACUUUGGGCUGGUCAAUUUUGGGAACACCUGCUACUGUAAUUCAGUACUGCAGGCCUUAUACUUCUGCCGGCCGUUUCGGGAGAAAGUCUUGGCCUACAAGGUCCAGCCACGGAAGAAAGAAAGCCUGCUCACCUGCUUAGCUGACCUCUUCAACAGUAUCGCCACCCAGAAGAAGAAGGUGGGCGUCAUCCCACCGAAGAAGUUCAUCUCAAGACUGAGGAAGGAAAACGAGCUUUUUGACAACUACAUGCAGCAGGAUGCUCAUGAGUUUCUCAACUACCUGCUCAAUACCAUUGCUGACCUACUGCAGGAGGAGAAAAGCCAGGAACGGCAGCAGAAUGGUAAAGUGGUGCAAAAUGGUGGAGGAGGAGGAGGAGGAGGAGGAGGUGGAAGCAGUAACACGGGUGAAAGUGACGCGGAGGAGAAGACCCAGUCGACCUGGGUCCACGAGAUCUUCCAGGGCACACUGACUAAUGAAACGCGCUGCCUCAACUGUGAAGCAGUGAGCAGUAAGGAUGAGGACUUUCUCGACCUGUCAGUAGAUGUUGAGCAGAAUACGUCCAUCACCCACUGUCUCAGGGGCUUCAGCAACACUGAAACCUUAUGUAGUGAGUACAAGUACUACUGUGAGCAGUGUCGGAGUAAGCAGGAAGCACAGAAAAGGAUGCGUGUAAAGAAGCUUCCCAUGAUCUUGGCCCUGCACCUGAAGCGCUUUAAAUACAUGGAUCAGCUGCACCGCUACACCAAGCUGUCCUACCGCGUGGUCUUCCCCCUGGAGCUGCGGCUCUUCAACACUUCCGGAGAUGCCACCAAUCCCGAUCGAAUGUACGACCUGGUGGCUGUGGUGGUGCAUUGUGGCAGUGGUCCAAACCGUGGUCAUUACAUUACCAUUGUGAAGAGCCAUGGCUUCUGGCUUCUAUUUGAUGAUGAUAUAGUAGAGAAAAUCGAUGCUCAGGCAAUUGAGGAAUUCUACGGCCUGACCUCAGAUAUUUCCAAAAACUCUGAGUCAGGAUACAUCCUCUUCUACCAGUCCAGAGACUGAACCAGCGGACUGCUGAGGCAAAAGGGACCGUACUACUUCAGAGGAAAAAGUCGGGCUCCUCCGCAAAAAAAAAAAAGGCCCUUGUUAAUCACCCAGGUGUUUGAGCGGGGGGGAGGGGGGGGGGGCUGCCUGGGGGGCUGACCGAUCCUCAGACAGAAGCAGACACCAGAGCAAAGAGGACGUGAUACUGCUACACCUCCCACCCCCUCCCCAGUUUCAGCUAGACGGAAAAAGGGAGGUGUUCGCCUCCCACCUCCGGCAACUGCUACCACCUCACCUCACACCUCACCACACCCACAUACCACACACCAAUUCCACCUCCCAGCUUUUUGCACCCUCCAAAUGUUUUUUUUUUUUUUUUCUUUUGUAAUUAUUAUUAUUAUUUCAGUUUGGGUUUCUUGGUUUGACCCCAGAGGUAUCCCAUACCUCUUUUUAAGUCACUGUGCUGAACCGCAAAGGACAGCAGAAGGUGUGGACGAGAGGAGAACGAACUCUUUUUUUUUUUUUUUUUGUGAAUUCGUUUGUAUGCGAGAGUAUGAGCGUGAGCGUUGCGUGGUAGGGAGGAGUGCUUAAUGGCCGGGCAUGGUGCCAUGUUUAGUUGCACACGGAGUAGUCUGAGGCACCAGGGGUCUCGGCUACUGGCGUAGGUGUGUUUGUGUGCACGUGCAACACUAAACCCUCUGAAAACAGCUUAUUUAUUAUUAAUAAUUUGUAUCUUAUGUGUCAUAUGUUUGAGCCACGUUUCUAAAUUUAUUUUCCAAGGGGUGUUUUUAAUGCAAUUCUACCAUGGUAUAUAUGAUAAUAUAUUAUAAUCGGCUUCCUAACAUUCUGCAGUGCAAAUUAAUCCAGGGUGAUCAAGCAUUUUUUUUUUUCUUACACAAAAGAGAAGGAUGAUUUGGAUGAUGUUUCAUUUCCCUCCCUUAUUUUGUUAUUUUUUUAAAUCAUAAAUACAAUCACAGAGUACGUGUGCGUGAGUGUGUGUGCAUGUGCGUGUGCGUGUGCGUGUGUGUGUGCGUGUGUGUGUGUGUGUGUGUAGUGACUGAGGGUGAUGGGGGAACUAUUGUGAUGGUAGUGGUUUUAGAUUACUCUUCCUAAAGAGUAGUGGCCUACAUAUGGGAUUUGUUUUUCUCUUUUUUUAUGUUUAAAAUGAC